UGUACAGGAUGAAAGAAGGCGGUUAUUGAUGCACUGAAUUGUGAUACAGAACGGGGACAAGCCUGAAGUGCGAGUUCAUAACAAAACAUACGUUGUAUCACAGAAAGCCUGUAGCCGGCUGAUGCGGGGAGCAGGUUUGAACUGAGGUACACUGGGGAGAAUCAGAAAGCUCUCUGUUUGUGAAUGCUUGGAGAGACUGCCAUGGAAGAACUUCACAGCAAGACCCAUAGCAACGGACAGAUCAGAAGUCAAACAUCUGAAGAAGCAGAGACUUCAGACAGCUUUGCACAGACUCUCUCUUCACAGACAUGGAGCAGCAAUUCAAACACAGGCUUUGCUUCAGAAGUGGCAGCUGAAGACACUGCCUUGUUUGCUCUCCUCUCAGAGCCUCUAGUGGCUUCCAUUCUCAGAAUGACAGCCUCUCUGCUACAGCCUGCUUGCCUUGGGGGCAGUCCAGUUACACUGCCUGUUCAUCUGCAGGAGGCAGUCGGAGCAGACACCCACGUUAGUCAAACACUAGCCACAUCGGUCAUCACACCCUGUCCAGGGGCCCGCUCUAUACCAAUGAUCUUAGAUCAGUCAGUGGUGCAGUAUAUAAGCUCCCAGCCUCUUGCCCAGUCGUCAUGUUUGAUCCCAGAACAGCAGUGCCUUCAGAACCUGCCAGGACAUGAUGUAAUAUUACAGUCCACAUCAGUGCCGUCGCGUCAGCCUUGGCAUACUGACAGAAAAUCCAACCUCUCUUCUCCAGCACCUGACAGUCCUCCUUCACACACCUCUGAGCUUGCUGCUGCUUUUCAAGAACAUUAUUCCAACCUUAGAAACUGUGUCUCCUCAGCCUGCAAAGGGACUAAAUCACCACUGAAUCCUGUCAGUGAAACCUUCUUCCAUCCAGAAUCAGCUCUGCCCUAUCUGCAUCCUGCUUCCCAACUCGUCUCCCUUGUUCCUCCUGCCACCUUGCUAGUGCCUUAUCCUCUCCUUGUCCCUUUACCAGUGCCCCUGCCCAUCCCAAUCCCAAUCCCAAUCCCAGUUUCUAACAUGAAAAAAACCAAAAGCACUCAGACUGCAACAGAUGUUAGUAUUUCCAUGAGCACCCACAGCCCAAACACUGGCUGUUGUUUUCUGCAGUUACCCAUGCUGCAUCCCUCUUCAGUUCCUCAGGAGGAAGUGCUUGACCUCUCAGUUAAGGCCACUCCCAUUCAAAGCAAGCAACUUCAGUGUUCUGUCCUGCAGGAUUCUGCUUUGGACCUGUCCGUAUCUUGCAAACCAUGCACAGAUUCAUGCAGUGAUAGCAAGUCAAAAUUUGGAAGGAAUUCAACAAGUGUAAAGCGAGUCAUUUGACCUCUUAUGUAUCCACAAA